UAUUGUUGUCACUUUACUCGUUUGUGUUUUGCAUUACCUAAUACUAUUUACGAAUUGUAAUAUUUUAUUAUCGAACAAUUUGUUUUUUUUAAACUAUUUAAGUUAAAUAUAUUAUACAAUUGUGAUUUUGUAAAGUAAAAUACUAUUGUCUAAUAUUAUUUAUUCCAAAGGACAUUUGAACUACUAUAUUUCCGCUUUAGAAGACUAAACCAUGUCGCUAAUUUGUGCCAUUUCCAAUGAAGUCCCUGAACAUCCAGUUGUUUCACCUGUGUCGGGUUCAGUUUUUGAAAGAAGACUGAUCGAAAAAUACAUUAAAGAAAAUAAUACUGACCCAGUAAAUGGAGAAGAAUUAACUGUAGAACAAUUAGUGGAUAUUAAAACUGCUCCAAUUGUAAAACCAAAACCUGUAACUGGUACUAGUAUACCGGCUAUACUAAAGAUGUUGCAAGACGAAUGGGACGCAGUGAUGUUACAUGCAUUUACACAAAGACAGCAACUUCAAACAGCUAGACAGGAAUUAAGUCAUGCUUUGUAUCAGCAUGACGCUGCAUGUCGUGUGAUAGGACGUUUGACUAAGGAAGUAACAGCUGCUCGUGAGGCUUUGGCUACACUCAAACCUCAAGCAGGCAUAUCUGUUAAUGACACGGCUGCAAAUGCUGGACCAACUACUAUACCCCAACCUGCUAUCGCCAUGGAAGCUGCUGGAGUACCUAAUCAACCAACUGAAGAAGCGGGCAUAACUGAUGAAAUAAUUAAGAAAUUGCAAGACAAGGCUACAGUUUUGACACAAGAAAGGAAGAAACGUGGCCGUACAGUACCCGAAGACUUAAUGGAUCAGGAAUCAUUGAAAGCAUUCAAAACAUUGGCAUCACAUCCAGGUCUUCAUAGUGCUAGCGUACCAGGAAUAUUGUCGUUGGACAUUCACAGUGAAGAUACUAGCAAAAUUUUGACAGGAGGAAAUGAUAAAAACGCAACAGUUUUUAAUAAAGAUACUGAACAAAUUGUUGCAGUUUUAAAAGGACAUACCAAGAAAGUUACUAGAGUUAUUUAUCAUCCGAAUGAAGAUGUUGUCAUAACCGGCUCACCAGAUACAACUAUACGAGUAUGGAAUGUUGGUGCUGCUAAUCCUCUAUCUCAAAUAAUUAGAGCUCAUGAAGGUUCAGUGACGGGUGUAUCGUUGCACCCAACUGGUGACUACAUCUUGUCAACUUCUGCUGAUCAAAAUUGGGCAUUCUCUGACAUACGCACUGGAAAAUUAUUGACUAAGGUAUCAAGUCAAACGUCAAAUAACACUUUAACUACUGGACAAUUCCAUCCUGAUGGUCUUAUUUUUGGUACGGGUACUUCAGAUUCUCACGUUGUCAUUUGGGAUUUAAAAGAACAGUCAAAUGUUGCAACUUUCUCAGGUCACUCUGGACCUAUUACUGCAAUUUCCUUUUCUGAAAAUGGUUACUACCUUGCCACAUCGGCUGACGACAGUUGUGUAAAACUUUGGGAUUUGAGAAAAUUAAAGAACUUCAAGACACUUGUCAUGGACGAUGGAUAUGAAAUAAAAGACUUGUGUUUCGACCAAAGUGGGACUUAUCUCGGAGUUGCCGGAACUGAUGUUCGUGUUUACAUGUGUAAGCAAUGGCAAGAAUUAAAAGUGUUCAACGACCAUACCGCAUUGGCUACUGGCAUUAGGUUUGGAAAGAAUUCACAGUUCAUCGCAUCAACUAGUAUGGACAGAACUUUAAAGCUCUAUGGUAUAUAAAAUCACGUAUAAUACAAAUUGACUUCGUUUAGAACUAAGGACUGUUAAUAUAAUUUUUUUUUUUACUUUCAUUAUCACAUAAGAAUAUUGUACUAAUAAUAUAUUACAAUAAAAUUGUAGCAUAAUUAUGUUUUUCAUUAUUCUUUUUUUUUUUUGGAUAUUAGCUAAAUUAAAAAAAAAAAUUGAAGACAUAAUUUAUUCUUAAUUUCUUCGUCAAAGUGUUAGUACCAACUCUGUGUAAUUAUGGAAAGAUCACAUGUGUAAUUAUGUGUUAGUAUGAAUGGUAUUUAUUUG